CGUUCUUCGGGCUACAAGAAGGCCGAUGAUGAGAUGUCCCGGGCCACGUCUGUUGGGGACCAGCUGGACGCGCCAGCCCGCACCAUUUACCUCAACCAGCCGCAUCUCAACAGAUUCCGUGACAACCAGAUCAGUACGGCCAAGUACAGCGUGUUGACGUUUCUACCUCGAUUCUUGUACGAGCAGAUCAGGAGAGCUGCCAAUGCCUUCUUCCUCUUCAUUGCCUUAUUACAGCAAAUUCCAGAUGUUUCUCCAACAGGAAGAUAUACCACCCUGGUGCCAUUGAUCAUUAUUUUAACAAUCGCAGGCAUCAAAGAGAUUGUAGAAGAUAUUAAGCGACAUAAGGCAGACAGUGCAGUUAACAAAAGGAAAACGAUAGUGUUAAGGAAUGGUAUGUGGCAUACCAUUAUGUGGAAAGAGGUGGCCGUGGGAGACAUCGUGAAGGUCGUCAACGGGCAGUGUCUUCCCGCGGAUGUGGUCCUGCUGUCCUCCAGUGAACCUCAGGCAAUGUGUUAUGUUGAGACAGCCAAUCUCGAUGGGGAGACGAACCUUAAAAUACGUCAGGGUGUGAGUCACACGGCUGACAUGCAGGUGAGGGAGGUGCUGAUGAAGUUGUCUGGGAGCAUAGAGUGCGAAGGGCCCAAUCGCCACCUCUACGAUUUCACCGGAAACUUGAACUUGGAUGGGAAAAGCCCUGUUGCCCUUGGGCCUGACCAGAUCUUAUUAAGAGGUACACAGCUUAGAAAUACUCAGUGGGUCUUUGGCAUAGUUGUUUAUACUGGACACGACACCAAACUCAUGCAGAAUUCCACCAAAGCACCUCUCAAGAGAUCGAAUGUUGAGAAAGUGACUAAUGUGCAGAUCCUGGUCCUCUUUGGCAUUCUCCUGGUCAUGGCCUUGGUGAGCUCCGUGGGAGCCCUGUACUGGAACGGCUCUCAAGGAGGAAAGAACUGGUACAUCAAGGAGAUGGACGCGAGCUCCGAGAAUUUUGGUUAUAACUUGUUGACGUUCAUCAUCUUGUAUAACAAUCUGAUUCCCAUCAGUCUGUUGGUGACCCUCGAGGUUGUGAAGUACACACAAGCCCUCUUCAUAAACUGGGACACAGAUAUGUAUUAUGUAGGAAAUGACACUCCUGCCAUGGCCAGGACGUCAAACCUUAAUGAAGAGCUUGGGCAGGUAAAAUACCUGUUUUCUGACAAAACGGGAACUCUUACAUGCAAUAUCAUGAACUUCAAGAAGUGUAGCAUUGCUGGCAUAACCUAUGGUCAUUUUCCAGAAUUGACAAGGGAACCAUCAUCAGAUGAUUUCUGCCAGAUACCUCCUCCGCCUAGUGACUCCUGUGACUUUGAUGACCCCAGGCUCUUGAAGAACAUUGAGGAUCAUCAUCCCACAGCCCCCUGCAUCCAGGAGUUCCUCACCCUCCUGGCCGUGUGCCACACCGUGGUCCCCGAGAAGGACAGAGACAACAUCAUCUACCAGGCCUCCUCCCCAGACGAAGCUGCGUUGGUGAAAGGGGCUCGGAAGCUGGGCUUCGUGUUCACAGCCAGAACGCCCUACUCUGUCAUCAUAGAGGCCAUGGGACAGGAGGAGACAUUUGGAAUCCUUAAUGUCCUGGAGUUUUCUAGCGACAGAAAAAGAAUGUCUGUAAUUGUGCGAACCCCUUCAGGACAGCUUCGACUCUAUUGUAAAGGGGCUGAUAACGUGAUUUUUGAGAGACUUUCUAAAGAUUCAAAAUACAUGGAGGAAACACUGUGCCAUCUGGAGUAUUUUGCCACGGAAGGCUUGCGGACCCUCUGUGUGGCUUACGCUGACCUCUCGGAGAGUGAUUAUGCAGAGUGGCUCAAAGUCUACCAAGAAGCCAGCACCAUCUUGAAGGACAGAGCUCAGCGGCUGGAAGAGUGUUACGAGAUCAUCGAGAAGAAUUUGCUGCUGCUUGGAGCCACAGCCAUAGAAGAUCGUCUUCAGGCAGGCGUGCCAGAAACCAUAGCAACUCUGUUGAAGGCAGAAAUUAAAAUAUGGGUGUUGACGGGCGACAAACAAGAAACUGCAAUUAACAUAGGCUAUUCCUGCCGGUUGGUGUCACAGAACAUGGCCCUUAUCCUACUGAAGGAGGAUUCUUUGGACGCCACGCGGGCAGCCAUCACUCAGCACUGCGCCGACCUUGGGAGUCUCCUGGGCAAGGAGAACGACGCAGCCCUCAUCGUCGACGGGCACACCCUGAAGUAUGCGCUGUCCUUCGAGGUCAGGAGAAGCUUCCUGGACUUGGCCCUCUCGUGCAAAGCGGUCAUAUGCUGCAGAGUGUCCCCUCUGCAGAAGUCGGAGAUAGUGGAUGUGGUGAAGAAGCGGGUGAAGGCCAUCACCCUGGCCAUCGGGGACGGUGCCAACGACGUCGGGAUGAUUCAGACGGCCCACGUGGGUGUGGGCAUCAGCGGCAACGAGGGCAUGCAGGCCACCAACAACUCGGAUUACGCCAUCGCACAGUUUUCCUACUUGGAGAAGCUCCUCCUGGUUCAUGGCGCCUGGAGUUACACCCGGGUGACCAAGUGCAUCCUGUACUGCUUCUACAAGAACGUGGUCCUCUACAUCAUCGAGCUUUGGUUCGCCUUUGUUAAUGGAUUUUCUGGGCAGAUUUUAUUUGAACGUUGGUGCAUCGGCUUGUACAAUGUGAUUUUCACGGCGCUGCCCCCCUUCACGCUGGGCAUCUUCGAGAGGUCGUGUAGCCAGGAGAGUAUGCUGAGGUUCCCGCAACUCUACAAGAUCACCCAGAACGCCGAGGGCUUCAACACCAAGGUUUUCUGGGGUCACUGCAUCAACGCCUUGGUCCACUCCCUCAUCCUCUUCUGGUUUCCCAUGAAAGCGCUGGAGCACGAUACUGUGUUGGCCAAUGGUCAUGCCACAGACUAUUUAUUUGUUGGAAAUAUUGUUUAUACGUAUGUUGUUGUUACUGUUUGCCUGAAAGCUGGUUUGGAGACUACAGCUUGGACAAAAUUCAGUCACCUGGCCGUCUGGGGAAGCGUGCUCAUCUGGCUGGUGUUUUUUGGCAUCUACUCAACCAUCUGGCCCACCAUUUCCAUUGCUCCAGAUAUGAAAGGACAGGUCACCAUGGUCCUGAGCUCUGCGCACUUCUGGCUGGGAUUAUUUCUGGUUCCUACCGCGUGUCUGAUGGAAGAUGUGGUGUGGAGAGCGGCCAAGCACACCUGCAAAAAGACACUUCUGGAGGAGGUGCAGGAGCUGGAAAGGAAGUCCAGGGUGAUGGGGAAAGCGAUGCUCCGGGACAGCAACGGAAAGAGGACCAACGAGCGAGACCGGCUGCUCAAGAGGCUGGGCAGGAAGACGCCGCCCACCCACUUCCGGAGCGGCUCCCUCCAGCAGUCAGUGCCACACGGAUACGCCUUCUCGCAAGAGGAGCACGGAGCCGUGACUCAGGAAGAAAUAGUUCGCGCCUACGACACCACCAAAAAGAAACACAGGAAGAAGUGAGACGCGGUCUCCCGACGGAGCCUCAGAAAGAGAUGGUUUGCUGCACCCGGUGUUAACACGUGUUUUCAGAAGAGACGGGUGCCGGUGGCCAAAACACCGGAAGCACAUCCCGUGGCCUGAGCCCGCCCGUUCGUUAGC